AUGGCCUACACUCUCGUCCUUGUUAUCCUGGCUACGUACUUGAUCUGGUGGCAGUUGGUUCCGGAGAUCAGAAAAUGGCACAACUUGGUUCCCGCCGAUUGUAUGAUCGCAGGGAAGGCACAACUGUUGUCGUAUCACACUCACCAUGGACAUGAAGUGCAAGUAGCACAUCUACCCGUCAACGUGAGUCACAUACAAUGUCAUGGGCAGAUAGGAAACGACAUUGAAAUGUCCGACAUGCAAGGCAGCAAGACAUACAACCCGGAGAACGACGUUAUCUUUUGCUCCACGGGGACCACGAUCAAUAACGGCUCGACCGCCUACAUCAAGUUAGAAGACUGGCACUGGCUUGACCCCGAUGAGCAGAAAGAUGCCAUUGGCAAGUACGAGGAGGGCAAAUCUUAUUUCUGCUGGGUCGAUCCGACGAGCCCCAACUACGUCACUUUCGAGAACAAUCAAGACUGGUCAGCCAUCUUCUACCCCCUCGUCUGCUUGUUCCUGAUAAUUUUCCUCUGCUGGUCUGCAGGGAGCUUCACUCUCUUCGGGUAA